GCUGUUAAAUUAACCAAUAGUAAAUAUUUGAAUGGAUUGUAUAAAAUCUUGUGACGAACAUGUAAUAAAUUAGAAAUAGAAGUGUCUUAACUUUACUUCCUGAUUAACGCAAACAACCGGAACAAGCGCGAUGUUUGCCCAUUUACCAUACAGACGGCCAUUAGUGUUGUUAACCGAAAGAUGUCUCCUUAACGUAAGCCCAAGCACAAAGAAGUUACCUCAACUAAGCAGGCAACGACUGACGCAAUUCCAGUCUCGUGAAUUCUAUCAAAAACGUAGUGAAUGUUCUACUGAUGCAACCAGACCUCGAAAUAUUUGGAAUAAAAUUUUCGGAAAAUAUUUGUUAGCAACAAAUAUUCUGAGUUCGGGUGUUUUAAUGGUAAUUGGAGAUUUGGUUGCACAAGAGAUUGAGUAUCGUCGUCAUCGCAACGAGUUGGAUGAGUUCGAUAUCAAGCAAGAACGCUAUGACACAAAGCGCAUCUUUCGCAUGUUUGUGGUGGGAUGUUUGCAAGGGCCACUGCACCAUUAUGUUUACAAGUGGAUGGAUUAUGCGAUGCCAGUGCCUAACGUACGGAACACACUUUGGAAAAUAUUAAUUGACCAAAUAUUUAUGUCACCAGCCUGCAUUUUAAUAUUUUUUUAUUCCGCUUGCUAUCUCGAGCAGAGAUCUGUGCAAGACACAAAUAAGGAGCUGUGUGAUAAAUUCCCAAUUAUAUAUUUAAUGGAUUGGACUAUGUGGCCGGCAGCACAAUAUAUAAAUUUUAGAUAUUUGGACACCAAAUAUCGGGUUAUGUUCGUAAACGUUUGCACAGCAGUUUACAAUAUAUUUCUUUCGUAUAUGAAGCAUGACUAUUGAAAAUUUGGCUGUAAUCCCUUAAUAUAUGUACGUGUGAUAUCGUACCUAACAGAAACCUUUGAUUUUAGAUAAACAAUUGAGAAAAUCGUAACAGGCUAUACCAGAAAUAAAGUGCUGGUAGAAAUGCCAUUAUUCUUAUACAACAAAAACGCCAUAUCAAAUAAACGGUUAUUCCCCCAACACGAAUGCGCGGUAUGGAAUAUCUUUAUCACGAUCAGGAUUAAUGAUAUGCAUAACUAUAAAACAAUAUAGAUUUAAUUUAAUUUUUAGAAAUAAAAAUAUUUAUUUAAAAUAAAAUAUAGCUAUUCGUAGAUAUUUAAA